GACCAAGUUCUAGGUAGCGUCCUUGCUGAAAUCUCGUGAUACUUGGGGCCGUCGCCGCGGUUGGUGUCAACAUGAAAGUGUACGGGGAGAUUCUGGAGGACACGGACUGUCUCCGUAAGACCUGGCUUGCGGGGCGCCUCGGGGCCUUUACCGGUCUCGUUGCUUCAGCUUACCAUGUAGCUCUAUACUCACCAGAAACAUACCUAGAAGGACUUACGAGAGUAGCCAAAUCCACUGUCACUAUGGCCACCCUAGGGGCAGUUUUUGCGGCCUCAUCUUCCGUCAGUGCUGAGCUUCGAGACGCUCCAGACGAUCCAAUGAACUACUUUAUUGGAGGAUGUGCAUCAGGGAUAAUUGUAGGAGCCAGAACUAAUAGCGUUCUUAUCGGCACUUCAUCUUGUAUUGGUCUUGGUGCGUUGGGAGCUUUUAGCAAGUUUGCCAAACAACAAGACUGGAGAUUCUUGGUACAUCCUCAAAAAUAACGUGGACUUCCUAAUUCUAAAAGCAGAUGUCCUUCUCUGUCUUCUUUUAUCAUAUCUAAAAGUAUUACUGUAUGUACAGUUGCUAGUCAUUGAUUGAAGCUCAUGGGGCUUCCAGACGAUAUAUAUAUAUUUAGUAAUAAUUGAAGGAUGUCGACAUAACUUGUACAUAUGAUGAAGUGGUGAUUUCACUGAAUUGUCUGUUCUGAGAGGAACUUAACAUCCAAUAAAUAAUUGUGUUUGGAUA